AUGCAAGACGCAGCAACAGGUAGUCGGGCUGCCGCGGCGUGCCAGCCGUACUCGCUGAGGAGAGCGUUCAGCGGCGUUGACGAUGACGGUUUGCCGCAACAAUUUUACAGCGGCGGCGGUUGUACCAGGGCCGGACUGCGCGACCGUACUGCCUGGAUGCCUGUGGCACUGCGACUUACAACUGGAGAAAAUCAACAGCAGGGAAUAUGUAUAAAGCUAUUUCUCCCGUUCGAAGCAACACACAACAAAGCUAGUGCAGAUGAGGUAAGAGAAGAAGUAUCAUAUUUAGCCAGCCGUACUUUUGUGGAAGGAAUGAGAAAGGGUGAUGGAGAAAGGAAAGCUGAUGAAAAUGUCGAGGUUACGUUGCCUGAACAUGCAGGAUGUCCCAACCAUGCAGUGACGGAACUGCACGUGAGAUGUUCGACAAGUGAAGAGAAUACGCCAUCUUUGCCUGAACACAUCCAAACAUACACAGAAGCUGAUCCGGCAGACACGACAGAUUAG